AUGCGCUUGUUUUUGCUUAGCCUUUUCUUGAUCUCUUUAUUGGGAAUUUCUUUUGCCUUCCCUUACGGCAGUGCGGCUCAAAGAAAUGUUUCUUCCAAUGCUCUUUACCAAGGAUACAAUACUACUUCAGAAUUGAGUCAAACGAAUAGCACUCAUAUUCAAGGAAAAUUCGCUAAUGCUACCAAUAAUUUUGGCGCUUCUAAUAUCACCUAUUAA